AUGGGGAAACCCCCCGCCGCCAUCAUCAUUGCUAGACAUGGCGCUCGCCUGGACGCUGCCGACAAGAAUUGGCAUUUGACAUCUCCCACUCCUUACGACCCUCCCCUCUCCUACGGCGGCUGGCUACAGUCCCGCGCUCUCGGUACUAGAAUUGUCGAUCUUCUACAAUCCCUAGACGAUAAGAUAGACGUCUCGACACAGAGCGAUGCUGCACGGAAACAAUUCCUCGAUCGCGUCAAGACUCCACCCCGCAAGCGCCGAGUCAUCAUCCAUACCUCUCCAUUCCUUCGUUGCCUUCAGACAGCCAUCGCAGUCAGCUCAGGAAUUUGCCAGAACUCUCCUGAACCGGACGACUACCACCGGCCGUAUGGCUCGCUUGCAGGACAGCUUCACAAUGCGGCCCAUGGAUCCCUAAAGAACUUGACUUUGGACACUCCUCCGAGCUCGAGCCCCAGGUCUAGCCUGGACAACACGCGAUGCCUUUUGCGUGUUGACGCUUUUCUCGGAGAAUGGCUCAGUCCUGACUAUUUCGAACAAAUCGUGCCCCCUCCCUCCUCCGACCGAAUGAUCGCCGCCGCCAAGAUUGAGCUGUUAAGGCGUGAGCAGCAUUUUGUCCCGGCGGCAGACAUAACGUCCCGACCAUCGGUUGGCUUCUUCCCGGGUGGUUGGGGAAGCGUUUCAACUCCAGUGUCUCCUGCCCCCGACCUCAACGCACCCAAUGAGCCUGAAUCUACAUCCAUAACAAAUUCGGCGCCAGGGCACAGAACUCGUGCGGGUAGCUGUGACGCUUUGGGCGCUGGUGACGCCUGUCGCAGCAAGAGACUACUGAACAAAAUCAACACCAAUCUAUCGCCCAUUCCAGACAGCGCAUAUGUGCCUCCGACUCCAAGCUAUGCUAUUUCUCCUUCCAAUCCAAUACCUGCUGGAUAUGUGACUCAUGCCCGUGAUGCCUGCGUCAAUGUCGACUACCAAUGGGACAGCAUGCGUGGUGACCAAAAUUGGGGGAAUGGAGGCGAAUACGGGGAGGAAUGGAGCUCAAUGCAUGCAAGAUUCCGCAAUGGGAUGGAACGCAUGGUUAGCUGGUACGACGAACAUGAUUUCACAGGGUCUACCCGCCAAAGUCAGCGCAAUUCGCAGAUGUUGAACGGAACCGGCGACAACAAUCAAAGCGACGAUACUGACGACGAAACCGAGACCAUUCUGGUUGUAAUUACGCAUGGAGCUGGCUGCAAUGCACUCAUUGGGGCAAUAUCCGGGGAGCCAGCACUUGUCGAUAUUGGCACGGCCUCUCUCACCCUGGCAGUGCGCUACCCUGACCUGCACGAGUCAACUGGGACCGCAUCAACAGUUUCGGUUGGGUCCCUGGGCUCCGAGCAGUCUUUCGACGAGCCGAUCAAUUUGCAAAGUUAUCGGUUGAAAAAGGUAGCCUCUACCGAGCAUUUGCGGAAUGGAGUUAGUAACCCCGCUGUUUCGUCGCCCGUCAAUCUCGCAUCACCAGGCAUCCCAACCUAUCGCCAGCGUGCUGCCCCGCGAAAGUCGAUGUCGCAGGGAAUGUUCAUCAUCGGCCCCUCCUCUACAUCUGGCAUGGGGUCCCAGUCGUGGAAGGCAGCACGGCCCUCGACAGCUGUUACCCCCAGUGCUUCAACGGGGCUAUGGGGGUCCGUCUCUGCCUCAGCUGAGCCAGCAGAUGACAUUGUGCCCAACUUUGGCGAUUGGACCACGCCAGCUUCUACACCGUCUACGAAUGAAAUCCAUCACGAUGUGGAUAAGCUGGCCGCCACUGGGCAAACCUGGACCAGUCAACUGCCGCAACGAACCAUGUCGCAGCGUGGUCUGUGGGGCAGCGAACCCCUGCAAAAGGAUCGAGAAGCGGGCACCAAACGGCGUUGGACCGUGACGGAACGACGAAGGCUGUGA